AUGUCGUCGCACUACCUGCAGUUUCAGGAAGUUGCCAUCGACCGGGUAGAGCAGGUCGAGGCCAAUAUGGGCUUCAAGGAGCGAAAGCACCACUCGUCGCAAGCGUUGGCCACAUCCAUGCCCCACGACAGGUCUCAGCUACAGGCUACGUUGAAGGCACGCAAGUCCACGCCCACGGACGCCAUUGAGCGGCUGCACGCCAAUGACCUGCCUCUCGACACAUUCCUGCGCAAGAACGACAAGCUGUGCCAGCCCGUGGUCAUCCAGGGUCGGCUGGACGAGCGGAAAGCGCUCCAGUGCUGGUCCCUCUACAACCUCGUGUCCAUCUACAGUGACGACGAGUUCGUCGUGUGCCGCGACCCGAAUCAGAACAUCGUAAUGGUGAAGAUGAAAUACUUCGCUUACUACCGCAAGAAUUAUCGGGACCCGUCGCCCUUCCAGAUCGCCGAGGACCUGGCAACCGGAGGCAAGAGGAGGCGGCGCGAAGACUACGACGUGCCGUUGUACAUCAAGGACGACAUCUUCAAGUACGCCAAGGAGUCCGACCUGCCGCUGGCUCGCCCUUUUAACUUGGGACCUGCUCUGUCCGGGGAAAGAAUCCAGACGAACCCGCUGCACUGCAACCUGUGGAGUGCUUUGGUGCAUGGCGCUCGGCGAUGGUGCCUGUUCCCACAGCACGUGUCGCAGUACCUGCUCUGCAACGAACACAGGGCGGCGCAAGGACUGUUGGAUCGAGACUGCUGUCACGUGGUUCGAGCGCAUUACCCGAACACGCAGUCUUCUCGUUGGCCGCGCUACUGCAAGCCGUUCGAGAUUCUGCAAGCCGUGGUGGAGGUUUUUUGUGUGCCGACCAGAUGGUGGUACAUGGUGAUCAACCUGGAGGUGUGUGUGGUGGUGUCGCACCACCAUUGCAGCGCGAACAAGCUCUCUCAGACAUGGCUCAAGCUGACACGCGGCAACAAAAAGUUGGAGCGGGCAUGGUUUGAGGCGCUGCGACGUCGACGUCCCGAACUUGCCGUGCUGGUGCCGCGGAAGGAGAAGCGGCGCUCGCUGGACAGUGACAGCAGCGCCACCUCACGCUCCAGCGACCAGGACGGCUCCGACAACGCCUAA